CCACUCGUCUUUUCGCGUUUUCCUUUUUAUAGUACUUUUUAUUUUCUACAAUUCACCGUUCUGCUGUUAAUCGAAAUGUCGGACACUGUUGGUAACAACGCUCCCGUGGUGAAGGCCGCCACUAACAUGGACACCGAUGCCAAAAAGAUGACCAAAAAGCAGCUCAAGGCCAUGCAAUACAGAGAGAAGCUGGCCAGACUGUCAAAGCCAAGCGAACACACAACCACCAAUGGUGCAGGCGAGACCAACGAAACUGACGGGGCGCCCACGAAAAACAGAAAGGAAAGGCGGGCAGCAAAGUUUGGACACACGCUUGAACCCAAAAAGACCGAGGAGGCCAACGAUCGCGAGCCAAAGAGAAAGGCCAAGAAGGAAGAGGUAGUUGAGGAAGUAAAGCAAAAGUUUGAGAAGCGGACAAACGGAGCUGGGAGUGCUGUGCGGUUCAUUGCCUUUAUCGGCAACAUCCCAUUUAAGACCACAGCACAAGAUAUUAAGAGCUUUAUGAGGGCUGCCAACCCGAUCUCAGUGCGCCUGAUGACGGACAAGAACACAGGCAAGUCGCGGGGUUUUGCGUUUGCUGAGUUUGGCAACUCGAGCGACUACAAGAAUGCACUCAAAUUCCAUCACGGGCGCAUGGGAGAGAAGAAGAUCAAUGUAGAGUUGACUGCCGGCGGCGGCGGCAACAGUGCUGACCGGGUACAGAAGAUCCAAACCCGUCGCGAGGAGCUGGAGAAAGAGCGGAAGCGCAGCUCUGAUUUGAAGCGCCAGAGGACGACUGAAGAUGAUGACUCCAAGUCCAAAGACAACGAUGGCGGCGAUGAUGGCGAUGGGGGCGAUUCAUCCGCAGCAACCGAUCGUCCCCAGCGCAGCGCAGCGCCACAUGUCCAUUCUGCGAAGCGCAUCAGAAGCGACAGGCCUGCGAAGAGCGACAAGUCUAGCAGCGCAGAUGUCCAGAGCAUUGCUGACUACGACGACGGAUCCAGCAAAGACAAGAACGACAAAAAGGACAAGAAACCGAACCGCAGAAAGCGCGGACGUGGAUCUCACUAAUGCUUGCGCAAUCGGCGUUACAGCUCAUGUUUACAUUCAAAUAUACAUUUUUAUGAUUUGUAAAUGGUCAAGAUUCGUGGUAUUGAUGUCAAAAUAAAGAGCGCUGAAAAGCUCCCAAGAG